CCAAAACUGCUGCAGGCCCAUGCCGUGCCUUGGCAAUCAGCCCUAGCAAGCUCCUUAUCCCACCUACAAUGCCGUGCUGGUGCAGCCGUGAUGCUCCCAGGUGCCCAGCUCGGAUCUCUGACCCACACUCUGCAUGUGUCCUGACCUGUGUGGAACUAUCUUGCUGUGGCUGGGAAAUCCCAAGGGAGGUAGGACAGGGGUCCUGUCUUCCAGAUGAUUUACUUGCUGCUUCCCAUUACAGAUAUGUGACCCAAUUCUCUUAUUUUCUGUCCUCUGCCUUGAUUUCAGUGGUGUUUAGCCAGUGGGGGUUUGAGGCUUCUCUGGUGCUCUGGGGCUGGAAGUCAUAGCUGCCUGAAAGGCAGUAGAGUUGUUUUCACUGUGUCUCCUUGUUCCUUCAUCUGCUUUGCAGCAGAGGCAAGUGCAUGCCCUUGGUGAGUGUCGUGUGUAUGAGAGAAGCUCUCCACUGCCCAUGCAUGUUCCCAGUAGGUGAUUUCUACCUUUGCUGCCAAACAGCAGCAGCUGACAGAUCAUAGGCCUGAAUUCUUCCCUGUCUGUUGCUUUUUCUUCAUGUAGCUCCAUUGGUCUGUGGAGUUAUGUCGGACAGGGGAGGUGUCACACAGCCUCCAGUUAUCUUAGAGCUUGAUGAAACUGAAGAAAGCUGACAUGAAGCUAAAAAGCUCCCAUAAGAUGCAGCCCCAGACCUGUCAGGUGAUGCACAUUUUAUCAUGGGCAAGAGCUGAAGGUCAUUUGACUCAAAUAUAGCUGUGUGGUGCAAAACACCUUCAUUGUCCUGGACAGCACAAGGUCUCUAGAAAAAGCUGGGCUGCCAAUGAGCUCUCCAUGUUCAUGUGUCCUGCAGUCCUCUGAAAGGACUGCUGUGAGGACCAAGCAGGGGAACCAUCACUGUGUCUUCCUGAGAGGAUUCUUGAAAACUGCCACCUGAAGCUGCAUCACAGGCUCCCUGAGGCAGAGACACCAUAAAAGACUGGAGACAUGUACAGGAUGUCUGAAACAACGAGCACCAAUGAGAAUAAACCUCCUUUGAAUGGGAGAAGAGCCAUCCCACCAAACUACUCCAACGAUGAAGAAAAUGAGGUUCCUGAGAUGGAAGCUUUUGGAUUGAUACCUAGAGGAUUUAAUCCUAGAGAUUACCUGCGUGUUGUGGAUAUUUAUAUGUUCAAGGAGCCUCAAGAGAUCAACAAGCAGGAACACCACACUGACAAGUACUACAACCCCAGGCUGAUAGUACGUCGGGGACAGGCUUUCCAAAUCCAGAUUGACUUCAACCGACCCUACAAGCCAGAAACAGACCAGUUUUGGCUGGAGCUUUUGAUGGGUCGCUACCCACAGCAAAAUAAAGGCACCUACAUCCCAAUCCUAGUAGGCAAUGUGCUAAAACCUGGUCAGUGGGGAGCAAAGAUUAUCCACAGGGAAAACAACUCCAUUCGGCUGUCCAUCAUGUCCUCUGCCACCUGCAUCAUUGGGAAGUUUCGCUUGUAUGUUGCUGUCUUGACUCCCUAUGGCAUCCUUCGGACACGCAGGAAUUCGGCGACCGACACUUAUAUCUUGUUCAAUCCCUGGUGCCAGUUGGAUGCUGUGUACCUGGAUGAUGAGAAAGAAAGGGAAGAAUAUGUCCUGAAUGAUGUUGGUGUUGUAUUCCAUGGAAAUAUCGAAGAUAUAAAAUCAAGAAGCUGGAGUUACGGGCAGUUUGAAGAAAACAUUCUGGAUGCUUGUCUGUUCCUGAUGGACAAGGCAGAGCUGGAGCUCUCUGGUCGUGGGAACCCAAUCAAAAUCUGCCGUGUUGCCUCAGCAGUGAUUAACUCCCGGGAUGACAAUGGUGUGAUUGCUGGAUCCUGGAACAAUUCGUACGAUUAUGGUGUUGCACCUUCAGCCUGGACAGGAAGUGUGGACAUUCUCUUGGAGUAUUACAGUUCCAAGCAACCUGUCCGAUAUGGCCAAUGCUGGGUCUUCGCUGGUGUCUUCAACACGUUUCUGAGAUGCUUGGGGAUACCUGCAAGACUCAUUACCAACUAUUCUUCUGCCCAUGAUAACAAUGCCAAUUUACGGUUGGACUUCUUUCUGGAUGACGAAGGAAAAGUGGACACCAGACUUACAAAAGAUUCUGUCUGGAAUUAUCAUUGCUGGAACGAAGCUUGGAUGACCAGACCUGACCUUCCUGUUGGUUUCGGAGGAUGGCAGGUUGUUGAUGGGACACCUCAGGAAACCAGUGAUGGUAUGUACAGGUGUGGUCCAGCCUCAGUUCAAGCCAUUAAACAUGGUCACGUUUGCUUCCAAUUUGAUGCUCCUUUUGUCUAUGCCGAGGUGAAUAGUGACAUUUUUUACACAAGAGUGGAGAAAAAUGGAACCCAAGUAGUAGAAAAGAUUGAUACAACCCGAAUUGGGCAGUUGAUUGUGACCAAGGAAGUUGGAGGUGAUGGAAUGGUGAACAUUACUGAGGAGUACAAGUUCCGAGAAGGCUCAGAUGAGGAGAGGCUGGCUCUUGAGACUGCUGUGAUGUAUGGUGUUAAAAAGCAAAACAUCCAAGACACCACGUACCAGCCACAGGCAGAUGUUGAUAUGGACUUCCAAGCGCAAAAGGCAGUCCUUGGCAAUGACUUUAAAGUCACUAUCACUUUCAGGAACAAGAGUCGCAACUCCUACACUGCAACCACCUACCUUUCGGGCAACAUAGUGUUUUAUACAGGAGUCAUAAAAAGUGAAUUCAAGAAACACUCUUUCAGUGCAAAACUGGAACCCUCUUCAUCCAGCUCUUUCGACAUUGUGAUCAAAUCGAGUGAGUACAUGAGAGACCUGCUGGAGCAAGCCUCCUUUCAUUUCUUUGUGACCGCGCGGAUCAAUGAAACGGGGAAGAUUCUGGCCGUGCAGAAGGCGCUAAUGCUGGAAAUUCCCACCCUGCGGAUCAAGACCAAAGGUGAACUGGUAGCUGGUAAAGAAGCGUCUGUGACUGUGGAGUUCACCAAUCCUCUGAAACAAACCCUGGAGAACGUCACGCUCCGCCUCGAGGGACCUGGCGUGCUGAGAACAAUAAAAAAGCAGUUCGGGAGAAUCCCGAUGAACUCUACAUUGACCUGGGAAGUAAAAUUUUUCCCAAUGCAACCGGGUUUACGAAAGUUGAUUGCAAGCCUGAAUUCUGAUGCUUUGAGACAUGUGUAUGGUGAGCUGAAUGUCCAGAUUCAGAAACCAUGAACCAAGGUGCUGCCUUCUUCUCUCACUUAGAUAUAUUUAAAAAUUUCAUGGUAAGGGGUGGCUGAUGGAGAGGUAUAAAUCUGCUUAUUGUUAUUUUGGUCAUCCUUGUGCUGAAAAAAAAUUGAUAAAGCAAACUAAAUGGCAUGACUGGGGAGAGAACAAAAAGCACCUGAAUGCUGAAUGAUUUAAAAUUAGCUAUAUGUAAUUAAAAGCAAUUCUAGGUCAUAUUAUUCCUGUAGUUCACUUGUAUUUAUGGUCUUUUGCAUUAGUGCUGCAAGGAAAUUUGAAAAGCUCCAUUCGCCAGAGUAAUCUGAACUUUAGUUUUAAUUAAGGCCUGGUAUUUCACUGAAAAGGGAAGGAAAAAAAUAAAGAACCCAGUGUUAUAAAUUCUUAUACUGAAUUACACAAUGUUAUGGUAGAUCAUUCAGGCUGCAAUAGAGACAAGUAUUUCUGGCUAAAGGGUCUACUUUAUCUUACAAAUUAAUAAUGUUCUGGUUCAUGGAGAGCUCACUUUGCUGGAGGCAUCUCUCAGGAUGUUUUAUCUCCAGAAUAUUCUCAGCCCCUUGUUUCAUCUUGCAACUUCCCUGUACUUUUUCUCCUACUCUCUCAUGUGUGGAGGCACUCGCACAUACUCACUUCAUACCCUCAGCAGACCCCAUAUGCAGUUGGUAUGCUGUUCCUCUACUUUGCUGGGUGAAAAUCCAGAGCUUUUUCUGCCUCUGCUCAGAUUUUAUCACAGAAAACGUGCAUUUUAUGGCAAUAGCUCUUGUGUAAGAUGUGUUCUCUCUUCACCCUUCUCUGCCUUUUUUUCACUCCUGAACCCACCCUGUAGACACAUCUCCCACAUGAGUGUGUCAGGAGUGUUCACUGUCUCAGAGCAGUCUAGGCUGGCAAAUGGGGUGAAGGAAAGAGGAGAGGACCAGAGAGCUGAGGGUCUUCUCCUGCCAGUCCCACAAGCCUAGCCAAUAUCCUGCACUGGAGCUGGGGGUGAUUUUAGACUAAAGAUAUGGGUAUGUGUUCAGAUUAAAUCCUGCCUGAUAGUUCCCAAGAAUCAUGGCUAAAGCAGAAUGAAGACCUGUUACAUGGAUAAUCCCAGCAACACUGAGGGACAGAAACUCAUCUGGGAAAGGAAUAAAGAUGUAUCCUGAGAGUCAGAAACCUACACAAGCCACAGCAACUCCUCCCCUCUGGCCACAGUGUGUAUGUAAGAUCAGAUAUUAACAGCACAGGGGAGCCAGUUGAGCUUCUAAAGUUAAAAGGAACAUCUUGCUCUUUAAACCCUGGGGUUUUACUGGAUGGCCACGUGGUUUGGUGGUCUCAAUGAAAAGCAAGGGAGAUGCCUUCCCUUCUGCUCCUCUUGCUGCCACACACUGCCCACGGUACCUCCUGCAAGACCUGUAACCAGCUGUUAAAGUCUUGGGAGGGGAAAAAUGCAGCUGCUCUUUUUACCAAAGUGCGGGGAACAAAGCAAAAAUUCAUCCCACCUCAUAUACUCUGGGCAUACCCCAGGGUCUGGGAAAACCAGACUUUUGGAGGCUUUCACUUCAGGCAUGGACACACCCUCAUUUCAUACAGCUUAUGUGACCACAUUAGAAACUUUGCAAUGUCAAAGUCUCCUGUCUGUGGGGUAGAGGAAACUGAACAAUGUGCUGUCAGUGCAAGGUGAGAAUCUCUGUUAGGUAAUUAAGCAGUGUUACCAAGGUCUACAUCUUCUAAUAAAAUUAUCCAUUUUGUGCUCUUGCAUAUAAACCUGCUUUCUAUUCCAGGCAUUUUAUAAAUACAGUGUAAUAAAAAUUCAAAAUAAAGCGUGUCUGAUUGCA